AUGGACGACAUGGCAAGCCAUUACCAGGUGAUGGAGGAAUUGGGGAGUGGCAGCUUUGGUGUUGUUUACAAGGCCAUUGACAAGACCGACGGCGAGAUCGUUGCCAUUAAGCACAUCGAUCUUGAGUCCAGCGAGGAUGAUAUCCAGGAGAUCCAACAGGAGAUUUCCGUUCUGGCUACCUGCGCUAGCCCCUAUGUUACACAAUACAAAGCCAGUUUCCUCAAGGGUCACAAAUUAUGGAUUGUCAUGGAGUACCUCGGAGGUGGCUCUUGCUUGGACCUGUUGAAACCAGGAUGUUUCAAUGAAGCCCAUGUGGCCAUCGUCUGCCGAGAACUCCUCCUAGGCCUGGAUUAUCUGCACAAUGAAGGCAAAAUCCACCGUGACGUCAAGGCAGCCAAUGUUUUGCUUUCCCAAACCGGAAAAGUGAAGUUGGCGGAUUUCGGUGUCGCUGCACAGCUGGUCAACAUCAAGUCGCAACGCAAUACAUUCGUCGGAACGCCAUUCUGGAUGGCGCCGGAAGUCAUCCAGCAGGCUGGUUAUGACUACAAGGCGGACAUCUGGUCCUUGGGGAUCACAGCAAUCGAGAUGAUCAACGGAGAACCCCCGCACGCCAGUACACACCCGAUGAAAGUGCUCUUCCUGAUUCCGAAGAAUCCCGCCCCUCGCCUCGAAGGCAACGAAUACAGCAAUACCUUCAAGGAUUUCGUUGCACAGUGUCUGACAAAAGACCCGGAUCUGCGACCGAGUGCAAAGGAGCUGCUGCGACACAAGUUCAUCAGGAAUGCAGGCAAGCCCGAGUCCCUCCAAGAACUCAUUCAUCGCAAGCAAGAUUGGGAUAGUGGACGCGGUGAAGCCAAAGAUGUCAAAUACUACGCCGAGUCUCUGAAUACUAUGACCAGGCCCGGCGAUGUCGAUGAUGACGACUGGGUGUUUGAGACAGUCAGGGCUCCCCCUAUGUGGAAGCCGAAAGGUACCGACUGGAUGACAUUCGACGAGGAAGAUGAGAACAUGCCCGAGCCCGCGCGAUUGAUGGAGGAGUUGCGUAUUACUCCACAACAGCAACCUCCGCCUCCACCCCCCAAACACCAGGCAAAUUGCACAGUUCGGCGGGCUCCUACCGACCGCUCUCCUUCUGUCAGGCGUGCUAACACGAAGCGUCGUUCGAGUGGCAUUAAGCAGCCACUUGGGUUGGACUUGAGUUACGGCAACAGCCCCUCUACAGUCAGACAAUUCCGUCGCGUUUCGGAUAAAAUUGCCAACGAUGUGAACCCAGCCAAGCCAGCCUUUGAUGAAAAUGUUAGCCCUAAAACGGUGUCCACCGACACUGUUAGCAAGGAAGCGAAAAUUGGACGGCGUGCAUACAGCAAAGCCGUGGGACUUUCCUGUCAGGAAGUCCUAUCAACAACAGGAGAUGGCGACAAGCGUGAAGCCAUCUCCAGACUCGCCGAAGCCUGGAGUGAUCUGGAGAUGGUCGAUCCCGAGGGUCUCUAUCACAUAGUCAGAAUCAUGAACGAGAAGAUCCAAGCUGACGCCCGCCUUUCCUCCUUGCUCCCACCCACACAACCCGAUUCCCCUUCUCGGCCACGCCUGGUCCUGGCCCAGAGUAACCCACACCUCAAAAGCCACCGUCGUCGCCAAUCCUACGUCCCCGAACCCCAACCGCAAUCACCACCCUCCAAUUCCAGUCCACCUGCACCGGGUAUGGAACACACCAAACAACUCUCCGACGUCCUCUACCAGCGGUGGUCAGAGGGUCUCCGCAACCGCUGGGGUGGUAUAUAA